AUGUCUCACCAAAACAAAAAGGAAUCUCUUCCCAAACGAAAGCAGCUUUCAGAUUAUCAAAGAGGACUGAUAGUUGGUGGUGCUAUAGUAAAUGGCACUGCUGCUGAAAUUUCUGAGAAGAAUGAUAUAUCUCUAGCAACGGUGUAUUCCACAAUCAAUAGAUGGAGAGAUACUGGAACCGCAUUUUCUGAUAAGCGAAAAGAAACUUUGAAGAUAAUAGAUGAGCGAGAUGAGUGUCACUUGAUUAAUGAGAUAAAGACAAAUCGUGAGACAACACUUGGGGGUCUUACCACCUUCAUGUCUGACACCCUAGGGAUCCCAUCUCCAAGUCUACUAUUCAUCGAACUAUUUGUAGAUCUGGAUUAUCUUCUUGUAAAGUUGUAUACAAGCCACUGCUAUCAAAAGCACACAAGAAGAAGCAGUUGGAAUUUGCUAAUUAUGCCAGAGAGACCAAUCAGAGAUGGGAUUGCAUCAUCUGGAGUGAUGAGUCAAGGUUUAUGCUUUUCAGCAGAGAUGACAAUACUAGAGUAUGGCGGUAUUCUCAAGAAAAAUACAGAGAAGAGUUCAUUAGACCAAGACUGCAGUGUGGUAGAGGCUCCAUUAUGGUUUGGGGCUGUGAAGCUUCUUCCAUUUAUGGAAUCUCUUAGUGAGAACAAUGAUGGGGAGUUUAUCUACCAAGAAGAUAAUGCUUCUUGUCAUAAGUCUAAGGUUGCAGAAGAGUGA